AGUAGUAGUAGUAGUACCGUAGUAAUAUCAAUAUUAUUAGUAGUAGCAGGUAGUAAGUAGAGCAGUAGUAGUGGGUGAUGUUGGUGGUGGUGUUAGUGAUGGUGUUGGUGGUAGGGUGGUGGCAAUAGAUAGUAAUUGGAUUGCGUAGUAGUAGUGAUGAUUUAAUCGAGAUAAACGCGAAACGUUUUGCUGGUAUCCGCGAUUUGAUGAUAUGGUGAAACGAUGUGUUAACGACGGUGCUAGUGAUGAUGGUGAUGGUGGUGUAGUAGGAAAUGGUGGAGGUGGUAAUGGUGGUAGCGGUAUCAGUAUCAGCAAUAGUAACAGCAACGGCAACUAGCAGCAGCAACGGCAACAGCAGCAGCAGUGGCUCCAACGACAGUGGUGGCAGCACCAGCGAUAGCACCAACGUUAGCAGUGGUGGUAGCGGUUAAGAUAAGCGCGGGGGGACUGAGUGCGAUUCCGUCGUCCGUGAUUUUUGCUAGGCACGAGAAACAGUUUUCUCGUGGCACACGUUCGCUUCGAGUUAGUUUUGUUAGGAGAAGGAGAAGGAUUGUUAUGCAGCGUGUCACGAUUUGGUGAAUUAAAGAACGAACGACGAACAGGGAGAGAGAGAGGGAGAGAGAGAGAGAGAGAGAGAGAGAGAGAGAGAGUGAACGAUAAGAAGAUUUCAAGAAUUUAAAAGAAAGAGAAAGAAAGAAAUAAAAAUGUUGAAGGAAUAUUCGCCGAUAGUACAAGCCCUUUUAGGGACACUAUUCACGUGGGCCCUUACGGCAGCGGGUGCCGGCCUUGUCGUCAUCAUACGCGGGAAACAGCGAAAAUUGUUGGACAUCAGUCUUGGAUUUGCUGGUGGCGUGAUGGUAGCUGCAAGCUAUUGGUCCUUGUUGGCGCCAGCUAUUGAAAUGGCAACGGAGAGCAAAAUUUAUGGAGCCGAAGGCGAAUACGCAUUUAUACCGGUUGGAGUUGGGUUUCUCAUAGGCGCGGCAUUCGUAUACGGAACGGACGUGUUGAUAUCUUCCCUUGGCAUUCAGUCCCCCAAUGUGCUUUUAGCUAUGCAGUCAGUCGGUACGAAACAAAGAGGCAAGGUCCUUGCAAAACUAAAGAGUGACGAGGACUUAGACGAUAUCGAUACGUUUAACGACGUACAGAUUUCCGGUGGAAUGAUGUACACUCAUGUCGAUUCGACUACUAUCGAUGGAUUUUACGAACAAAAUGCAAGAAGAAGACAAGUUACCAAUGUACAUAGGCCAUCGGAAUCGGCUGAGAUAAGUACGGUUUACGAAGAUCCCAGUAACGAAGUUAAGAAUAAUCAAUGGAGGAGAAUAUUGCUAUUGGUUGUAGCUAUUACGGUGCACAAUAUACCCGAAGGUCUUGCUGUUGGUGUCGGUUUCGGAGCGAUAGGAAGCAGUGCAUCAGCUACUUUUGAAAAUGCAAGCUCCUGCUAUUUCAUCCGAGCUUCUUCUUUUGGGAUCCGGCCCGACACGGCGAAGAAAGCCUCGUUAUGGUAUUCCGGACCGAUCGAUUUAGCGUCCGCUAGCCGGCACCAUUGUUGUAAACGAGUGCAGCAGCAACGGCAGAAGCACCAACGGCAGCCAACAGCUUCUCUCGAACCUAGCAAUCGGAAUUGGCAUUCAGAAUUUUCCAGAGGGUCUGGCAGUUUCAUUGCCUCUUCAGGCGGCAGGUAUCAGCACCCUGAAGAGUUUCUGGUACGGACAGCUUUCUGGUAUGGUAGAACCGAUCGCUGGUGUCCUUGGCGCUGCGGGGGUGACGUUAGCGGCACCUGCUUUACCCUAUGCAUUAGCCUUCGCUGCAGGAGCCAUGAUCUAUGUUGUCAUUGACGACAUCAUUCCGGAAGCCCAUGAAAGCGGAAAUGGUAAACUCGCCAGCUGGGCCGCCAUCGUGGGUUUCUUGGUGAUGAUGUCUUUGGACGUGGGAUUAGGCUAAGAGAUCGCUAUACAACGAUCGUCGUGCUCGGAAAUGUAUAAUCCAUAUAUAACGAUAUAUAUAUAUAUAUACAUACAUACAUACAUAUAUAUAUGUAUGUAUAUGUGUAUAUGUAUAUAUUCGCCUAAUUCGAGUCAUUAGAAUCGACGACUCCUAAUUUUUAUUUUGGUGCAUCGAUCAAUUAUUUUUUCUUCGAUCAAUACUUCCACGUAUCGAUUUUAACGUUCGAUCGAUCUAUCGACGAAUAGAUAGAUAGAUAGAUAGAUAGAUAGAUAGAUAGAUAGAUAGAUAGAUAGAUAAAUAAAUAGAUAGAUAGAAUUUUUGUACGAAAGAUUUUAUAAA